UAUUUACAUAUUGUUAAUAUCUACAUAAGUUUUAGUGUGUUAGUGUUUAAAAAUGAGUGUUUGGAAUGAGCUUAUUAAUUCAAAAAGUCGAAAUAAAAUUGCAGAAUUGUAUCAAAAACAUAAUGUCCACAUUGAAAUUCGAGCAAUUUUUGCAGAUUGGUUUGAAGGACAGAACUGGGAGUUUAAUUGUGAAGAAAAUAUACCACAAGCUAACGAUUUGCUGAUGCAACUUUUUUCCCUUAUUUCUUCAUAUGCAUCUCAGGCUAAAGAUAUUAUAACACAGAUAAGAUUCUCAGAAUACAAGAAAAACUUUGAAAAUGCUUUUUCUGGUAAACCAAGUUUUUUUGUCAAAACCAUUCAGUAUUUAAUGAGAGAAGAACGAAAUAUGAUUCAAGCAGAAAGAAAUAUUAAUCUACCACCAAUCCAGCUAUUAGAAUGCGGAAGUGCAUCUGCGGUUGUUGAAAAUCCAGAUCAGUUUCUUCAUAAGCUAGAUUCUAGCAUUAUUGAUCUAGAAAGAUUGGUGAAGGAAAGUCGUAACAACCAAGAGGAUUUCAUUCUUCUUUAUUCAAAAUUCAAAAUAAUUGAAGGACAUUUGGCACAGUUGGAUCAACCAAAUGGACAAAUGGUUCAUGUCACUACAGCUAAAUUAAAAGCUCAAGAAGAUAAGAAAGAAAUUGAAAGUACUUUAACAAGUAAAGGACAAUGGCUUUCUUCUGCACGAAGGAAUAUUCUUGAGCGGUUAAAAGAAUUAGUGGUGAUGGUUCAAGCAAUGGUUACAUUUCUUCAAGAGGAACUUGCUGGUUGGCGUGCAAUGCAACAAAAAUCUUUAAGUGGAGCUCUUAAACCAGAUCCACUUGAUGAAAUUCAAAAAUGGUUUCAGAUAACAACCGAUAUUAUGUGGAAAGCUGCACAUGUCAAUACACAGUUUAGAUGUUUAGAAGAACAACUACUUCUUUCAAACUCGCUACUUCAAAGUAUAGAUCAAAUUUCCAAUGAGUUUGAAAAAGGUUUUUCUAAUUUAGUGCAGUGGUCUUUUUUAGUUGAUAAGCAACCUAAGCAAGUUUUGAAAACACAAACAAAGUUUCAAGCUUCUGUGCGAUUGCUCAUAGGUUCAAAAUUAAAUCAAAUGUCAUUACCAGAAGUAACAGUCUCAAUUUUAAGUGAAAAACAAUGCAAAGAAUUACUUUCUGGGAAGAAUCUCGCAGAUAUUGGAACAUGUGGAGAGAUCUUAAAUGAUAAAUGUGUUAUGGAACUAGAUAAAGAAACUUCUACUCUUCAUGCUGAAUUUAAAAAUCUGCAAUUAAAAAAGAUAAAGCGUCAGGACAGGAAGGGUCAAGAGUCUGUUCUGGAAGCAAAAAGUGCUCUAGUAUUCUCCGCCAAAUUGAACUUAUGUGAUGGAGUAGUCCUGGACAUCAGGUGUAUGACAGCACCAGUUGUAGUUGUUGUCCAUGGGAAUCAAGGACCAAACUCAGAAGCUACUAUUAUAUGGGACAAUAUGUUUUCUGUACCUAAUCGUGUUCCUUUUGAAGUUCCGGAAGAAGUCUCUUGGAAAGAAAUGGCAGUGGCCUUAAAUGCACGAUGGAUUCAAACAGCUGAAUAUGAGUUACAUAGCAACCACCUUCUUUAUCUACGAGAUCGCAUUUUUUCUAAUAUUACAAGUGAUAAAAAUAUUAUCUCUGAGGAUUCAAUGAUACCUUGGACUUUGUUCAAUAAAGAACCGCUUAAAGGUCGUUCAUUUACAUUUUGGGAAUGGUUUCAUGGUUCUUUAGAAGUAGUUCGAAAACACCUAAAAGAACAUUGGAAAGAUCAAUGUUUAGAGUUUAUGACAAGGCAACUUGCUCACAAGAAUUUGUUAGAAAAACAACCAGGAACAUUUAUAAUUCGUUUUUCAGAUGGUGAACUUGGUGCUAUAACCAUUGCAUGGAGAUGCGAAGUUAAUGGUAAACCUGAAGUUUGGUACUUGCAGCCUUGGAGUUCCAAAGAUUUAACAAUACGUAGUCUUGCUGACAGAAUAUUCGAUUUACCAGAAUUGACUCACUUAUACCCAGAUAUUCCAAAAGAACAAGCAUUUGGUGGUUUCCAGACUAAAGAAGUUGAGCGAGAAACAGAUAGCUCUGGUUAUGUUACUAGUGGCAUCGUUGCAAGAAUAAUUCAUCAUAUUCCUACUAAUCAAAAUGCAAUAUCACCGCAGUCUUAUGACUUUAACUACUCUCCAAGCGAUUUACCGAAUUCAAGCAGUUCCUUUUCUCCGUUUUCUCAGCGGUACGAGGAUCAAGAUAUGAAUUUUGAUGUUCCAAGCGAUUAUAAUUCAAACUUGGAUCUUUUUAUAAAAACAUAAUUUGUGAAGAAGCUAACAUCUUUAACGAAACACUGAUUAAGAAACCUACUUAUUAUCUGAGGUUAUUAAAUUAUUCUUUAUCAAUUAGGCUGGUCUAAUUAAUUGAAAAACCAACUUAUUUGUAAAAUCUAAUGAUAACCUGAAAAUUACCUUUUAUAUGAAGCUAAUUUAAAUUUUGAAAGUUCAUUUAUAAAAAUUUUUUAGAUUGUUA